UUUUUAAAUACUUGCUUUGCUUUGGAUUGAUGAAAGUGUUUUCUGCAUUUCCUCCAUUUUUAGUAACAAUCGCAGCAGCUUCGGCUCUCGGUGCUGGUGGGGCGAUCGUAGCAGCCCCGGUGGUGCUGGGAGCCAUCGGGUUCACCAGCGUGGGGAUAGCGGCGGGGUCGUAUGCGGCAUCGAUGAUGUCUGCGGCAGCGGUGGCUAAUGGGGGCGGCGUGGCAGCAGGGAGCGCGGUGGCUGUCCUGCAGUCAGUCGGGAUGGCAGGAAUGGGGACAGCGGCCACAUCUGCCGUGGCCGGUGCGGGAGGGGUGCUUACAGGACUUGCGGCCCUCAUUUUUUAAGACGCACAUCAUUCAUAUGAAAAUAAAAAAAAAAACUUUCCAAAUGAAAAUCAAUUUGAACUCAAGGCAAACAAUGUUGUUAAAUGAAUGAUUCUAAAUAAAAGCAAUUGAGAAGUAUUUACU